AUGGACGACACCUACAUGGAUGACGUCAUCACCGGUGCGAAUGAUGUGGAAACAGCAACGCAGAUGCAGAUUCAACUGAAUGCGAUGCUGUCAAGAGGAGGUUUUCAACUUCGCAAAUGGGCAUCCAACUGUCCAGCAGCCCUAGCAGGUAUUCCUGAAGAAAAUUUGGCGAUUCGCACUUCGGAUGGGAUUAACUUGGACCCUGAUCCAGCAGUAAAAACCUUAGGGUUGACUUGGAUUCCUUCUUCGGACAUUCUAAGGUUCCAGUUCAUCAUUCCUUCGCUGGACAGCGAUACAGUUCUUACCAAACGCAGCGUGUUGUCAGUGAUUGCCACUUUAUUCGAUCCCUUAGGGCUUCUGGGAGCUGCUAUUACUACGGCAAAGAUAUUUAUGCAGCUUCUGUGGAUCAUACGCGACAAGAAUGAACAACCCUUAAACUGGGAUCAGCCGCUACCUCCGAUGGUGGGUGAGUCCUGGAGAAGGUUCCACGAGCAACUACCCAUGCUCAAUCAAGCACGAAUCGAAAGAUGCGUAAUAAUUCCGGAAUCGGUUGAUGUUGAACUCCAUUGUUUCUCCGACGCCUCGGAGAAGGCUUACGGUGCUUGUCUGUACGUCCGGAGCACUGAUGCAGACGGGAGGGUUAAGGUUCGACUACUUUCUUCCAAAUCGAAGGUGGCUCCGUUAAAAUGCCAGACAAUCCCUAGGCUGGAACUUUGCGGAGCGGUUUUGGCUGCACAAUUGUAUGAGAAGGUCCGAACGUCUAUAAAAACAUCAGCCAACGGUUACUUCUGGACGGAUUCCACUUGCGUUCUACGAUGGUUACAGGCUUACCCAACAACGUGGACCACGUUUGUCGCUAAUCGUACGGCAAAAAUUCAAUCUAUCACAGAAGGCUGUCGGUGGAGUCACGUGCCCGGAAUCCAAAAUCCGGCCGACCUUAUUUCCCGAGGCAUCGCCCCUCAAGACAUCAUCGACAACCAAUUCUGGUGGCGAGGUCCCACCUGGUUGGAAGAGAGCUCGGACAAAUGGCCAAGAUCAUUAGAACCCCUAACAUCUGGAGAGGAAGAGUCCGAAAAACGGCGGACAAUUAUCGCAACAACUGCUUCCAGUGUCAGCGAGUUUAACCAGGAAUACAUCAGCAAGUUUUCUUCAUACAACGACCUCAUACGCCGCACCGCAUACUGGUUGCGUCUGAUGAAGUUGCUCCGAACACCAAUAACUAGUCGGAAUGAUGUGGGAUUUCUCACCACGUCAGAAUUAAGGGACGCAGAAGGUACGUUGGUUCGUUUGGUGCAGAAGGAAGUGUUCGCCGAGGAAUUGAAAGCAAUCUCAUCGGGGAGAUUUGUGGCGAGGAGAGGAUUGUGUACUAACAUUUACUCCGACAAUGGCACUAAUUUCGUCGGUGCACGCAACCAGUUGAAGGAUCUGCUGAAGCUGCUGAAGAGCAAUGAUCAUAACAGCGCCGUAUCCAAGGAGUGUGCCAAGGUUGGAAUUCAGUGGCAUUUCAUACCACCGAGUGCCCCGCACUUCGGUGGUUUAUGGGAAGCGGCCGUACGAUCAACCAAACACCAUUUGCUGCGUGUCGAAGCUUGCCUCAACUCUCGCCCCCUUACGCCUCUCUCUGACGACCCCAAUGACCUCGAACCACUGACGCCCGCCCAUUUUCUGAUCGGCACAUCCCUGCUAUCCAUUCCGGAGCCCGAAUUGGAUGUUACUGCACAAGUUCAGACGAUCGGUAGCAAGGCAUUCCCAUUGUUCGUAUACACCAAUGGAUCCAGCAAGGCAACUUCAUCAUCGCAAUAUCGACGGAUGCUGUACGCCAACUCGGGUGGUUAG